UAUAUUUGUAGAAUAACUUGACGCAUCAAAAUUUGAUUUUUCUAAUUAUGUUUUAUAAUAUUCAAAAAAUAUCGAAAACACAUCAUCUAUGAGCAUAACAUAAUUAUAAUUAAUAAGUUACAUAUUAAGAUGAUGAUACUGAGGGAAUUAAUACGAUUUUCGACACAACAUCGCACUCUUUAUUGUUAUAUGAUAUUGAGUGUAUGGAUAUUUCUUCUCAUAGCAGGCAUGUACAAAUAUAUCGGACAAAAUUCAACAUCUUUAGGUUAUACAUUGAAUUUUUUAAAUGGCCGAAAUCAAUUAAAUAAUUUGGAUGCGUCAACGUCUUCGUUACUUGAGUUACGGAAUUUAGUUAAAUAUAAGGCACGUUGUACACCAUUAACGUAUAUUGCUCGAGCAGAUGACGGUGGCAUUCUGGAUGGUUGGAAACUUCAAGGUGUUUUAUUAAUACUGCGGCACGGUGAUCGCGGCCCGAUGAGUCAUGUUCGGCCGAUACCUCGUUUGAAUUGUGGCAUAACUGGCGAUAAUCUUGUUAAUAAAUAUCGAAGUUUUCUUUACAAUUCAACUUCAGUUUCCGGCUCUAAUCAUAUGUAUUGGAAUAAAGUAGGACCGUUUCAUGGAUUUCCUCUGCUGCCUUUAGCUGAGAAAGAAUGUUUAUUGGGUCAACUAACUUACAAGGGCAUCGCUCAAUUGUUGCAUGUUGGCGAAAUACUUCAUCACAUAUAUGCCCAUCCUUUGGGUCUAUGGUUGAAGCAGUCACAAUUGGGCAGAAAUCCACCAAACUCAACGCCUUAUUCUCAGUUACUUAAUUCCGAUGAAGUGGUUGUAUACACCACACGGGUGCGGCGAACUUUUCAAUCGGCUUUAGCUUUUCUGUACACUUUUUUGCCAACCGAGAAGUGGUUGGCCCUUAAUGUUAAAGAAUCCCAUAGUAUAGCAUUUUGUUUUAGUGAUUGCGCCUGCCCUCAAGCAGACGCUUUACGGAAAUUGUUAAUGAAAAUGCAAAAACAACAAUUACUUAAGCAAACUGCAAUUACAAACGUUAUGCAAUGGAUUGGCAGUAAUCUUCUGCAAUAUACGCCUAAUGGUAUUACGGACGCAAAUGAAGUGGUUGACGCUAUACUAACUAUUAUGUGUCAUGAUUCUCCUUGGCCAUGUCGUGAUUUAAAUAUAACCGAUAAUAGUGCAGCAAGUACGAAAGCUAAUGAUUUUGAAUUAAAUGAGGUAAUCAAUAUCGAUCAAGACGAUUUGGGCAUUGCUUCUAACGCGUUGGAUAUAGAGAUGAAUAGAGAUCACGAUACUACGACAGCUUCGACCACUGGUUGCAUUGAAAGUUCCCAAGUGGCGGCCUUAAUGUCUUUUGUAACAUUACAAUCGAUCCAAGAAGCUCGUCAUCUCAAUUAUAAACGGAUUGGUUUACUACGUGCUUAUGGCAUGAUACGUCACAUAGUUAGUUAUAUGCUGCGGAUGAUUUCUGGUGAUCGCACCAAAUUUGUACUUUAUGCGGGACAUGAUUGGACUUUGCAAUAUCUUACUGCGGCAUUUGGUAUUCGAACCGAUAACACUUUCAUUGCUUACGCUGCUCGCUUGACCAUAGAGGUUUACAGAAGCGAUACGCAUACCGAUUAUUAUUUUCGUGUUGUUUAUAACGGUCACGAUGUUACGCAGCAAAUAGAUUUCUGCGAGGGCGGCAAGAGUCUGAGAGUCACGAGAGACUCUCGUGGCAAUAAAGCGGAUCUCUGUCCAAUCGAAAAUAUUAUUCGAUUUUUACACGAAGACUAUUUUGCUCCAUUGAAUGCUACAAAUUUCAAAGAUGCGUGCAUGUAACAGCAAGAUGAGAGCAAAAUUUCGAUAACCUAAAAAAUACUUUACUAAAUGCAAUGUGAAACAAUGAUAAGCGUUAAAAGUUCGAUCAUAUUUUGAGGCUCCAAUGAUCUUAAACAUAUCUGCGAAUUUUUAUAAAUCAUUUUAGCACAAAAAAAAAA